CUGGAGUCCAUGUUCAGCUCGGACUGCUUGGCGGACUCUUUGGACAAAAUGAGCAUGUCCAACCUCCUGAACCUGAACAGUCUGGGCCGAAUCUGCGGAUCCAGCCACAGCAAUGAUGUGGUGGUACUGGACCGGAUCAAGAGGAAGAACUCGGUGCGUCGCAUGUCUAUCAUUGAAGAUGGGCAUAUCGCAGAAGUGCUCUACCUCAUCCCCAAGCAGUCCCUCAUGGGCCAGCUGCCUUUCAUCGACCCCAACGACUACAUCCUGUGUGAGAAGCUGGCCAGUAUCCCCGCAGAGAUGUCAGGUAAUCUACACACACCUAUACAGGGGCCAGUGAUGCACGCUCAGGAAGGCUGUAACCUGAACUCAGAGAUGGAGAAGAAGACCGUCGAGUGUCACCACUGUGGAGAGCCCUGUAAAGGACAAGUGCUGCGUGUCCAGAAGAAACACUUCCACAUCAAGUGCUUCACAUGCAAGGUGUGCGGCUGUGACCUGUCUCAGUCCGGCUUCUUCAUAAAGAACGAGGACAGCCUGUGUCCCGUGGACUUCCAGCGUCUCCACGGCACCACCUGCACUAACUGUGGGGAGUUUGUGGAGGGGGAGGUGGUCACUGCACUGGGGAAGAGCUACCAUCCUGCCUGCUUUGUCUGCACCAUUUGCACGCAACCCUUUCCUGCAGGAGAUUGUGUCACAUUCAGUGGAAAAGAGUGUAUCUGCCAGCGAUGCCUUCGACCCAUGUCUCCUCCAAAUAACAAACCCAAACUCCCCAAUAACUGCAGUGGCUGUGGCAGAGACAUAAAGAAUGGUCAGGCACUGGUGGCGUUAGGAAAACACUGGCACUUGGGCUGUUUUAAGUGCAAAGCCUGUAGCCGGGUCCUGAGUGGGGAAUACAUCAGCAAAGAUGGUGUUGCAUAUUGUGAGAAAGAUUACCAGCUUCAGUAUGGGGUCCAGUGUGAAGCAUGUCUGAAAUUUAUCACGGGUAAAGUCCUUGAGGCAGGAGACAAGCACUACCACCCGAGCUGUGCCAGGUGCUGUCGGUGUAACAAAAUGUUCGUAGAAGGAGAUGAAAUGUAUCUACAGGGGUCAUCAAUUUGGCAUCCCGAUUGCAGACGGGGCAGCAGAAGUGAAGACAGUUCAAUGCCCACACAGCCUUCCUCAGAGAGCUCCUGCUCCAGACCGGGCUCGUGCACCCCUGGGAGUCCUGGGCGCUCCCUCUGUGCAAAAGUAGAUAAUGAGAUCAUUGAUUACCGAGACUUAGCGGCAAUUCCCAGAGUCAAGGCUAUAUAUGAUAUAGAGCAUCCUGAUAUGAUUUCGUAUAAGUGUUCGAACAACAACUCUUCUGGUUUGGACAACAAAGGCAGCGGACAGCACAGUGUCAGCCCUGCCGAGUCUCCAGCCAAUAUGUCAGUAAGUACGGAGGAUAGUUAUGAAUUAAGGAGGCACAUACCGAGAUCGUCGACACAGCAUUCUUAUGGAGCUUAUGCCGCUUACAACCGCAACAGUUACACCCCAUCCAGGUCACCUCAGCACUUCCACAGACCAGGCCUGGCAGUUUUCUCCUCUUUUCACACUGGUCACAAUGGUUCCACUUCCCUUUUAAGUCACAACCCUGUAUCUCCUAACAAAGACCAUUCCCACAACAUGUACUCAAGACCUCCAAUAUACAAGCAACAUGAUUUGAACAUGACGAACCAGACCUGCUCUUUGCCAGGAUAUGCACGCAACAGCCUCACUCCGCUGCAAAUUUCAACAGAUUACACACAGUACAAUGGCAACAUGAACAGAGAUUAUAAGGUAAGAGGCCACAAUUUCAAUAAUGUCCGUUUGCAUCAUCUUGCCACAACCAUUUAACCGUCCAGUUCAUUUGAGUAACUAU